GCACCAUUGGCGCAACCAGUCGGGCUAGCUCUUUGGGACUUCAGUGAAAAGAGAAAAGACAAGAAAAAUGGCUUCCUUUAACAACCAGCAUCAGUGCAAGCAAACACACACCUUGCCACCAGCAUUGUGCAAGAAACACCCAGAGCCAUCUCCAUGCCCACCAGAGGUGAAGAUCCCACAAUGUCCUCCAGAGCCACACCAGUGCAAGCAGACCAUCACUUGUCCUCCGGUGAUCUGCCCUCAGCCGAAACCAUGUAGCCCAGCGGGACCACCACCAUGCAAGGAGCCACCAGUAGUGGUGGUGCCCAAUCCAUGCUGCCCAGAGCCAAGACCAUGCCCUCAAGAGAAGCACCCAGUAGUGGUUGUCCCAACUCCAUGCCCAUGUCCAGAGCCAGCUCCAUGCCCAGAGAAGAAGCAACCCUGCAAGGAGACACCAGUAGUGGUUGUCCCAACACCGUGUCCAGAGCCAAUACCUUGCUGCCAAGAGAAGCCUCCAUGCAAGCAGCCACCAAUAGUGGUCAUUCCUACUCCAUGUCCAGAUCCAAUACCAUGUCCUGAGAAGAAGUCUCCAUGCAAAGAACCACCAAGAGUUGUUGUACCACCUCCAUGCUGCCCAGAGCCAACUCCGUGUCCUCAAGAGAAGCCACCAUGCAAGGAGACUCCAGUUGUGGUUGUCCCAAAUCCAUGCUGCCCACAACCUUGCCCUCAGGAGAAGCAGCCUUGCAAGCAACCACCAAUAGUGGUUGUCCCAAACCCUUGCUGUCCAAAGCCAACUCCAUGUCCUGAAGAGAAACCAGCAUGCAAAGAGCCUCCAAUUGUGGUUGUCCCAAAUCCAUGCUGCCCACAACCAGUUCCUUGCCCUCAGGAGAAACAGCCUUGCAAAGCACCACCUUGCAAGGAGCCACCAACAGUGGUUGUCCCAAACCCAUGCUGUCCAGAGCCAACUCCAUGCCCCCAAGAGAAACCAGCAUGCAAAGAGCCUCCAAUUGUGGUUGUCCCAAAUCCAUGCUGCCCUCAAACAGAGCCAGUCCCUUGCCCUCAGGAGAAGCAGCCUUGCAAGGAGCCACCAAUAGUGGUUGUCCCAAACCCUUGCUGCCCAGAGCCAAUUCCGUGUCCUCAAGAGAAGCCAUCAUGCAAGCAACCACCGAUAGUUGUCGUUCCAACUCCAUGCCCACAGCCUCCCUGCAAGGAGCCAACUCCUUGCAAGGAGCCGGCUCCAUGUUCCCCACCAGCAACAAAAUGCCCAUCUCCCAUUGCUCACCAGCAGAAGAAACAACCAUGCACUUGGCCACACCAGAGCAAGUAAGCAAGCAAGAAGAAAGUAUUGGAGAAGAAAAUCUUUUCUCCCCAUCUUUUCUCCCCACCUGGUUUCCUUUUACAAUGUUAAACAUACCUCAUCCUUUUGUUCCUUAAAUGCUAGAAUGAAAGAAACAAUUCUCUUAAUAUGUAUGAACUGCCGUCCACAUGCUAAUCAGCGUAAAUCACUAAAUCUCCAUUGACAUAUUUAUGUUUAAAUUGUUUCUUUAUUUACUUGAUCUUUCUAAAACCGAAUGUCCCAUCUCAGAGAACUGGUUAUUGGGCUCCAUCAAUGGUUUCUUCAGCCUAGCGAAACACACUUAUUAACGAUUGCAAUCCAGGCCAGCACAUUAAAUUUCCAAAGCUAUUUGGUUCUAAGCAUGCCUCUAUGGUUUUUACUGUGAAUUUAAUUAAGGUAUAAUUACAGAAACGAAGCUGAUUUUGUGGGUCUACUUCCGCAUGGUGAGACUAUUGGAGGUAAUUACCUACUUCAUAGUGGAAACGUAGCACCACAAAGGUGCCGAUCUCAUGACCUUACUGUACUUAUAGUUAACCUAUCUGUCGAUGAUCUUUGGAUUAUACUGAUAGAACCUAUUAUUCCAAACUUUAAAAAAUAAAACAUUUAAGCAAGAAG